CAGAUGCUCACUGCAGUGAGUGUGCAGCAAAGAGCGAGGAGUAGACCGAGAGAGGGCUCUCAAAAGUGUGCCGCUCCAACUCUCUCUCUCUCAGUCUCUCUCUCUCUCUCUGCCAAAGCAAUUGACUUGGUCUCAAAACUCAAACCGGUAAAUUUUUUUAUAUUAUUUUUUAAAAAAAUUGUUAGUAAAAUAACUACUACAGAGAUUCAUCCUCGCGUUUUCAUUUUUUUUAAUUUUUUUUUUAAUUUUUUGGGAACUGAAUCCUCGUGGUUUUUUAAUCGGGUCAAUAGUUGGAAUAUACGAGAUAUUCUCCGGAUUUUGAUUUCUGCUCAUAGUCUCAUAAACAUACCCAAACAGAGUAAACACAAUCUUUUUUCUCUUUGCUUUGAGAGGCCUGAGAACUCUGCUAAAAAUACCAACUUUCUCAGAAAAUUCUAACAAGGAGGAUAAACAAGGUUUAGGGUUUUGGCAGAGGCUUUUUUGGUUUUUUUUUUUUUUUUUUUUUUUUUUUUUUUGGACGGAGUGAAAAUGAGAGCGAGGCUGGUGGUGUUUCCGAUCAAAGGAAGGAACUGGUGUUUCACUAAGUCCGUUCAGCCUUCGCUUUCCGAUUCAUCCACUGCCCAACAAACUCCGUCUACUCUCAGAGAACUUUGGACUACAAUCUUCUCUUCCAAUCCCAAAUCAUCUACCUCCAAGCCCGAACUUCUCAUCGAUUUCGGUGUCAACAAGAUGGAUAAAGCUUGGAAGGGUCUGGAAAAGGCGCCUGAAGGAUCUUUUAAGAAUAAGAUUCAUGGGUUGGGAUUGCGGCUUUUGUCUCGUAUUAAGCCCUCUGAGAUGUUUUUGAAGUCUAUUCCUAAGGACGUCACCAGUGUUGAAGUCAUUUACCCUUCAAGUUUGAAUGCGCGGCUUGUGCGUAGAAGGUUACGGCAUAUUGCCAUGAGGGGAUCUGUUAUUCACAAGAACUACUUCUACGGUUCAGUUACGCUGCUUCCAUUGACAGCUGUAUUUACUGUUUUACCUUUGCCCAACAUUCCAUUCUUCUGGAUUUUAUUUCGCACUUACUCUAAUUGGCGUGCAUUUAAGGGAAGUGAGAAGCUCCUUGAGCUAGUUUCAGAUGGUUCUCAGACUUCAAAGUCUACAACUGUCAAUGAGGAUGAGCGGGAUGACUCUGUGACUAACCUCAAAAAAGCAUUUUCUUUGAGGGUGUUGCAGCCAUCAAAGGAACUCGAGGAACUCCUUCAUCGUGGACAAGAGGAAGACGGUCUUAGUAAAUGUGGUAUAUUGGAUAUUUGCAAGGCUUUUGAUUUGGACAGAAAUGAUGUUCUAAAGUACAGGGCCUCUACAUAGUUUACAAUGUUUCACUUGCUUACUUGCCUCUGAAAUGUAACAAAAUGAGGUGAUAUUCUCUCGGAAAAAGAAAUGCCAAUUUUGUUCCUUUCUUGGAAGCUAACGAUGAAAAAUAAACAAAGUUUUGAUUUAUCAGAAUCAAAUAAAUAAAUAAAUAAACUUUCGAAGUUUUGUCUGCUGAA